AUGGAUGCCGUUGACAUACCCAAUCUUGCCGCGGUGCAGCUCAAUGACCCGACGCCAUUGCCAGAUGCAGCUCAAACGGAAGCCCAGGUGGACCAUCAUGGGGUCACUCCGGUGUCGGAAAUCGAGCCCCCACGUAAGCGUCAGAGGACAGCCAAUGUACUCGAAGCACCGGACUCGACGUCCGCUCUCAUGUCAGGAAGCACCACCGAGAGCAUGCUAGGUGCCGAGCCUAAGACGGGCGCGGGAUUACUGCCUGAGCCCGUCAGGGACGAGGCGUACUACAUCGACUGCGCCGACUGUGUCAUCAGGGUAGAGAAUACGCUCUUCCGGGUGCACCGCUUCCUCCUCGCGCGGGACGGUUCCGCGUUCCAGGACAUGUUCACCCUCCCGCCGCCGACGGCGGGCGGGGAGGGGGCCAGCGACGCACACCCGAUCGUCCUCUGGGACGAGCGCGCGUCGGACUUUCGGUUGCUAGUGUCCGUGCUAUAUGCUCUCCCAUCCGAGCUGCAAGCAUACACCGCACCCGGGGCGUCCCUCCCCCGCCUGCUCACGCUCGUGCACAUGACGCACAAGUACCACUUCCUCACGACGGAGGCGUGGGCGCUCGCGGCGCUGCACGGCGCGUUCCAGCAGGCGGUCGCGCAGCAGCAGCAGCAGCGCGCGCUGACGUCGCGCACGCUCAGCCGCACGCUGGACGUGGCGCUGCGCGCGGACCACACGCGCCUGGUGGUGGGCGCGGCGGAGGCGUGGACCGCGCGCGUGCGCACGCGCGCGCUGCCCGCGGCGUGCGCCCUCGCGUUCGUCGACGCGCACCCGUACGCCGGCUGGGCACCCCCGCAAUCGGUCGGUGAGGGGGUAGGGGCCGACGUCGCGCGCGCGCUGUGGGCGUUCCGCAGCGCCGCGCAUUAUGUUGCGCUCAUGGAGGUGCAGACGGAUUUUACGCUGCCCGGCCCGCCCGCCGCGCCCUCCUCGCCCGCCAGCAUCGCUCCUCCUGCGCUGUCCUCCGCCCCGCCGGACGCCCGGAUACACGCGGAGGACGCAGAAGAAGAGGACGGGCCCCCGCCGGUGCUGACGCCGGAGCAGAAACGGCGGCUGCUGUCGGGGCACUUUGCGCUCGCGCGGCGGUGGGCGGCGCUGUGCGCGGGGGCGCCGCCGGGGUUCGCGCGGCCGGAGGGGUGCACGUACCACGUGCGCGGGUGCGUGGAGACGUGGGCGGGGGCGUGGCGCGACGCGCUGGGUGCGGCGGGCGGGAGCGGGGACGCGGCGGACGUGCUGGGGCGGCUGGGUGCGGUGGAGCGCGCGGUGGAGGGGAGUGCGGAGGUGAGGGUCGGGCUGACGCCUGCGUGUCGGCGGGAGGCGCUUGGGGCGCUGCGGCGGUGGCGGGGGGAGGUGGAGGAGUGGGUUGGAGGGUGCUACUCGCCGAUAGUCGAGCACGGUUCUCUGCCGAAGACCCCGGGCGGAUCUGUGAGCAAGCGUCACGUUGACACCCCGGAGCAUAUGGACGACGGACCGCAGGAACUCGAAGGGCGUCGUCGGCUGUAUGACGCGGCUCUCCACGCCGCGCAGGCGUCCAUCGCGCUCUAA